GUGGGAUACUUCUUCAGAAGAGGAUAUAACUGACUCAGGUCUCGGGUUGUGCGCCCAAGAUCGUCCUCUGGUGUUUCAAGAACGACUCUAAGGAUGAACGGAUCCAAGAGCGAGGUAGCGGCGUUCUACGCUGGCCGCUCCUUGCUGGUCACUGGAGCAUCAGGCUUCAUGGGUAAAGUGUUGCUAGAGAAGCUCCUAUAUGCUUGCACCGACCUUCGUCAGAUCUUCAUCCUCAUCCGUCCCAAGAGGGGGAAGUCCGUCGAGGCUAGGAUGGAAGAAAUGUUCAAAUCUCCGCUUUUUCAUCGCAUCCGAGAUAACAAGCCAGAAGCCUUCAAGAAAAUUGUACCAAUAUUUGGAGACGUACUGCAAGAUAAUCUUGGACUUACGGAUGAAGCAAAACGUCGAAUCACUGAGGAGGUAUCAGUGGUGAUCCAUAGUGCUGCUACUCUGAAACUGGAGGCCAAACUGAAGGAUGCUGUGGAGAUGAAUGUAGUCGGAACUUACAGGGUGCUAGAACUAGCCAAGCAGAUCAAAAACUUAAAGGUUUUUGUCCAUGUAUCGACUGCAUUUUGUCAUGUGGAUGUGGAGGUGAUGGAAGAGAAGAUCUAUGACACACCUAUCUCUCCUUUGGACAUCAUGCGUAUGUGUGAAUGGAUGGACCAGGAGACAUUAGAUGUGAUACAACCUAGGGUAUUGCAUCCUCACCCCAACUCAUACACUUACUCAAAGAGGUUGGCAGAAGCUAUGGUAGACGAAUACUAUCCUGAUAUUCCAGCUUGCAUAGUCAGGCCCUCCAUUGUAACACCAUCAGUGAAGGAGCCAGUUCCAGGCUGGGUAGAUAACCUCAAUGGUCCUGUAGGUCUAUUGAUCGGAGGUGGUAAGGGAGUUAUCCGUACGAUGCAUUGCAAAGCAGAACUGCUAGCUCAGCUCAUACCUGUGGACUUUGCCAUCAACGGAAUAAUUGUUGUCACUGCAAAAGUUGGCAAAAUGACUGAAAGGACUAAAGACAUGCCUGUGUACAACCUGACCCAAGGCAAGACCGCCACUGUGUCGUGGGGCCGUGUGCUGGAGAUCGGACGAGAGAUCUUCUACAAGUAUCCCUUCUCUGUCAUGCUGUGGUACCCUGAUGGCAACAUUCGCAGCAGCAAACUAGUGCACGACAUCUACGCAAUAUUCUACCAUUGGAUCCCUGCCUACUUCAUUGAUGGACUUCUGUUCAUCUUUGGACAAAAACGAUUCAUGAUCCGUGUCCAGAACAAAGUGGCUGUAGGUUUAGAGGUUCUUCAGUACUUCACCACGAGACAAUGGAACUUCAAGAAUGACAAACUUCUGGCUCUAAGGGAUGAGUUGAAAGGACCUGACAAAGAGACGUUUGCAAUGCCGUUCGAAGAUGUGCAGGAGGUGCCGUACAUGACGGACUGUAUGUUAGGAGCUCGCCAGUACCUGUGUAAGGAAGAUCCUGCCAACAUACCUCGGGCCAGGAGGAACCUCAUGCUAUUUUGGCUACUGGACCGUUUUGCUGCUUUGCUCUUCUACUUGCUGAUAGCCUGGAUAAUCGUUUCAUCGUCUGACACAGUUCGAGGUAUGCUCGACUCUGUGCUGGAAAGUGUGUCAACAGUGCCUGUCUUCAGACGAUCCAUUGACAAAACCCCUGCAGAGUAAAAUGAUACAACAUGAAAAAGGCAUUUGGAAUUGUUUUAUUUGAUGAACACGUGGGUUUUUGGCUUCCCGUAUGCUUAUUAUAACAUAACCAUUUGGGAUUAUACUGAUUGAAAUCUGGCACUAAGUUUAAGAUGCAAUUGUUUACUUUUUUCAAAAUUACAUUAACUAUCGUUAUAAAUAAGUAUGUAGAUCUAAUCUUUGACAUUAGUUUUAUAUCGUAUUUUCUAUCCCUGUGACUUAAGGAAUGGCAACCUUAUUAUGAAAUUUGUAAAUAUUUUGGCGAAAUAAAUACUAUUUUGAUUUGAUUUGAAAAAAAACACAUUAUGCUUUGAAAUAAGCUUAAAACACAUGAAGAAGUUUGAAGAGAUAGAACUGAUGUAAAUAAAUGAUAUUAUAAAAUAAGUAGAUAAUUUGAAUAGGUGUAUUUUUAUGGAGCAAUAAUGAAUAAAUAAAUAUCAAACUAAUUAAUUAAUUGUGUAUUAAUUAACAGGAUUUGGUUGAAGGUAUGUCUUUUUUCAACCUGUUUCCCUGUUUGUAAAUAUCUCACUUAGAAGUGUAGGCAUUAUGUUAGACUAUCAAUGCAAUUUACAACUCAAAGAUUUGUUUCAAUUUAUUUGGUUCUAGUGAAUGUUUCAAAAUCACUGAUUCUGUUCCCUCUAAUCCUGUACAACAGUGUGCAACUCUUAAAAUACUGCAUAUGGUCCAAAAAUAUAUGUUAACCCUUUGUGGGUGUCUUUGAUUUUAAAACACGGUCGGUGACACAAGGAGUGCCUAGCAGUGCACUCCUCCGGGAACCUAGUAGCGGGCAUUUAGCGCAAGCGGUGAUACUUAGUGCAGGCUCUGUGCUACUUGACUCUUUGCAGCUGUUUAAUAGGGGAGGGGAGAGAGCAAAAUCAUGUUCAAUUUUUUCCUAGAAAGAAGCGUGCAAGAAACGGUUACUCUUGAAACUGCAAGCCAGUGAUAACGGAUAUUUCUCUAUAAAAAUAAACAAGGGUAGGAGGAAAAGUCUGUUGUGACAAUUAUAAAGGGUUAAUGUAAUAUUUUUGUUGACGUAACAAAAUGUUCAAAAUAUUAAAGUAAAAUUCUCUGGUUGGUACUUAAUCUAAGGUGAUUAGUAGUAAAUACAGGGUGAUUGAUAUAAGUGUGCCAGCCGUUUUAUUCGAAAACUAUAAGAGAUAUCAAAAAAAGUUAAAUGGUAAGUGCCUUGGAUUUUUUAUUUAAAAAAUUGUAGUCAAGUCGAAAUAAUUAUUUUAGCCGCCAUUUUUCCAAUAUGGCCGCCAACUUUGAUUUUUCUUAUGGAACACCCUGUAUUUUAUGAUGUAUUCUGGUAGAAAAUGUAAUUUUAAGACGAUUUUAUUCUUGUAAUUUUUUUCAUAAACCUAACCGUUUCAAAGAUAAUAAUGGUUUAAGUUGUGCAAUUUUGAAUGGAUUUCGAAUAAAACAGCUGGCAUGCUUGCUUAGGCCUUUAUCGAAAUUCUUUCUCAAGCAGAAAUUUAAAAACUUUAACCAUUAUUAUCUAUGAAACGGUUAGCUUUAUGAAAAAAAAUCACAACAAUAA